GUUUGCGCGCUUGUAUUUUGUUUCCUGUUUGCAAAAAUCAACAAAUUUACAAAAACCGAAUUAAACGUAUAAAAUGUGAUUUUAUCUGACUUAAAACGAUCUGAGAUUAAAUCCGCAUUUUAAUGGACACGGACUCAAAACCCUCCGCAGGACGAGAGAAGAAGGGUCUGACGUUACCCCUCAGAGGUCGAGUGAUGUCUGACAGUGUGUCUCUGCCCUCAUAUGCUGAGUAUCCUACAGGACGUCCCUUUAUCAACACACACCUGCCGCUCAAACACAAACCUGUGCAAGCUUUUCCAGAGAGCAGCAGUGCAGCGAUUAUUUCAGCAUUAAAAAACCUGCAGGAGAAAAUUCGUAAUCUUGAGUUGGAACGAUAUGAUGCUCAACAGAAACUCCAGAUGCUCCACAGAGAAUCCACACAUGAGAAGCAAGAAGACAAUGGAGCGCAAGGGAGACCAAAAAACAACGAGCUGCUCUCUCAGUUGUCGGCGGCUGAGAGUCGAUGUUCACGUCUGGAGAGACAGUUGGAGCUCAUGAGGAAGACUGUGAGAAGCACUGAAUCAGACAGAACGGCUGUACUCAGACGAAGGGUAUCUCUGGGUCGUGUGGAUUCUGUAGAUCCGUCAGAUGUUCAGGUGAAGCUGCAGAAGUUGGAGAUGUUGGAGCAGCAGUAUCAGAGACUCACACACACUCAGAGCAUCACAGAGAAUAAAAUCACACAACUGGAGAGAAAACUGCAAGAGGAAGAACAUCAGAGGAGACUAGUGCAAGAUAAAGCAGAUCAGUUACAGACGGGUCUUGAAGCCAAUCGUAUUCUCAUUCAGUCUGUUUCUCCUCGUUCUCAUAAAUCCAGUAAAAUGAAGAAGCAGAAACUCUCAUCGAAGGAACAUGCAUCUCACCCGCAACCGCAUUACAGACUCAGUCUGGGAGACGUACCAUUUGUGACCGGAACGUCGACAGGUUCGAGUCAUUCUGUUCGUGCAAACGUUCAGCACGUUCUUCAUCUGAUGAAGCAGCAUCAUCCUCAGCUGUGUAACGAGCGUGUGCUGGGACACGCCCCUCUGACCGGCUCCACCAAUGAGUGGCGCCCGUCAGGACAUCAAUCAAGCAGUAGCUCCUCCUCCUCCUGCAGUGAAGAGCUGUCGGAACUGUUGUUGAUGCUACAGGACGAGUUUGGACAUAUGAGCUUUGAGCACCAGGAGUUGGCGAAACAGAUCCAGUCGUGUCGUUCGGAUCGUUUGCGGCAGGAUUUGGAGCGUGAGAUGGAAGUGCUCGUGAAGAGAAUGGAGAAUAAAGGAGAACAGAUCGCUACAGUCCGUCGACAUCAAACACAGAUGGAGAAGUUGAGGAAACAGUGUCGUAAACAGAGUAACGCCGCUGCGGCUCACGGGGAGGUUAAAGUAAUGACAGUGUCGACUCACGGAUGCUCGACCAGACCGGAGAAGGUCAAACCGAGACCAGGUGAGCGCAGCCGAGACAGUCUGCGUCUGCUCAAAGACAUGCGCUCACUGCAGACGUCACUGCGCAGCGAUCAGCUCAACUGGGAGUAUUGACACACAACAUCACGUGCAGCUUCUGUAUUUGAGACAUUCAUGAGACUUAACAGAGACUAAAUGUCUAUAAUCAUAUCUAUUCACAUGUUGCAGGAAAAAUUAUAGAGUAAAUCAGAUGAAAGCAUGUCCUGGUCCUAUUUCAACCCAAAAUCAAUACAAAGAAAAUACUAUAUUUCUUAUAAAGAAAAUAAAGCAGUUUAGGACCGUUAAGGUUUUUUGCAAUAUUUUCAUGACAAUUUAAGCAUUUUUUUUUUUCCCCUAAAUCCUCAUUACUGUUAUGUAUGAAAAACAUGGUGGAUAUUAUUUUUUAUUUAUUUAUUUAUUUUUUAGAUUUUCUUUUCUUUUUUAAUGUAUCUUCGAAUUUAUUUUAUUUAUUAAUUUUAUAUUUCGUUUUUCUCUUUUUUUUUUUCUUUUUUUUUUGUUAAUUUAGUAAAUUUCUGUCUCUUUUUUACUUUUUGUUUUAUUUUUGUG